AACGCUAUGCAGAGGAAAACAAAGACGCGUGAAUAUUUGAAUUUUGGCGGCAGUGGUGUGUUGUUCGCGCAUCGUGUACGGUUUGUUGUCGUCGAAGACUAGCAAAAUGGCUGGUGUUUUUGGCAUUCACGUGGGUAAUUCUUCAGCCUGCUUGGCGUAUUGUAAGGAUGGGAAAGUUGAUAUUAUAGCCGACGACAGUGGCAACAGAAUAAUGGCUGCAAUAGUCGCGUUUGUUGACGGUGAAGAGACUGUUGGACUCCCAGCGAAGGCAGCUCUUGUUAGAAAUGCCACCUGUACCAUCGUUCGCAAUAAGAAACUCUUAAAUGACAGUAUUCCUGACGACGAACUUGAGCAUCAUAUAAAGUCAGUGAAAUGUAAAAUAGUGACUGAAGGAGGCCUGAAAUAUGAAAUCCGAGAUGAAUACAAGAUUGCUGUGUAUACCCCAGAAGGAGCCAUGUCGUGCAUAUACAAAAAGCUGUUCGGGUUUGCUUCCACAUGUGUACCUCCAGAUACAGAUCUGUGCACAGUCCUGUGUGUCCCCUUAAAUUUUUCGAAGUGUAGUCGUCAGGUACUGGCACAUGCAGCUGAAGAUGCAGGAUUCGAUGUUCUGCAAGUAAUUAGUGAACCUAUAGCAGCCUUGCUUGCUCAAGGCUAUGGUGUUGAGUCCCCAGAUGAGAGAGAGAUGUGCCUCGUUUAUCGCCUGGGGGGAGCUACAAUGGAUGUUACAGUUGUAUUGUGCUGUGCAGGAAUGUACACAGUGAAAGGCCAUGUGUAUAAAACAAACUUCGGAGGGGACAAGUUCACAGAAAUACUUGCCAACUUUCUCGCCGAAAUAUUUCACCAGUGUGUUCAAUUGGUCUCUGUUAUUACAAGAUGUCUCUCUUCUUGACACUGUGUUAUUGUAAUAUUGUUGAUAAUUACCCUAUGU